ACUCAUGGAGAAACGUCUCAGUCCUACUGCAGCUACAGGAGGAGUUCUUCUGGAGCCUCAUGGUAGCUGACAGUCUGAGUUCCUGAGCCUUUUAUAAAUUAUUUUACUGCUAUCAUGAUGAAGACUUUCUUGUCUUCUCAAGGAGUUUUUCUAAAGCAGUGGAUGGACUGAGGAUCAUCUCUUUGAUCAUCUGAUUUCUGAACCUUCUCCGUCUCCCUCUGCUCGGCUCUGAGAGGAUUGUUCUCCUCUGAUUUUAGAUGUUCAAACCUGUGACAGAAAUCCAGCUCCUGGGCUGAGCUGGAGCUGACCGGCUGCUUGUUCUGUCUUUUUUUCUUCUGUGGAUGCCUGUUCCGAUGUAGUUUUAGUCUGAUCUGUCGCCAUGCUGGAGCACCUGCCGUGUGUCCGCAUUGAGCCCUUCCAGCCUCAGCCAAUCAGCAGCAGCAUGGAGGAGAGAGCCAUCCGCUUUGAGUUAGAGCGCCAGGCCUGCCAGAGCCUCCGACAAGGCCUCCCUGAAGUGUGUUGCUAAGCUGAGGUAUUAAGUGGAUCAAAUGCUCUUCCAGGGGCUGGGUUACAGCUGGUUCUCUUCCAGCUUCACGGCCUUCAGUACAUGAACUCAGCAACCUGUUCGAGACAUGGACCUCCAACCAAAGCAGCUCACGGAAACGAGUCUGGAUCCAUUUAGGAGAGUGACUUCCAGAGAAUCCAGUCAGAUUGAGCCAACUGCUGAAAGUCAGAUUUAAAGAUUUAAAAAACUAGAAUUAUUCUUGAAAAUAUCAUAUGUCACAUAUCUGUGAAAUACGGUGGCGUAGCGACAACUUAAUCAUGCUGAGCAGAGAUUCAACUACUUUUUUCUGCCUUUUUUCAGUCAACAGAUUCAGCUUUUAAACUGUCCUCUGAGCAUGUGUUGGCAGUUUACAGUAAUGUGGCUUCAUGUGGUCCGGCUGUCCGGAGGGAUUGGGUUCCCAGUGGUUACAGCAUGGACUCAAAUAGAAAGGAAAGCGAGGGAGAAAGGGGGAGGCAGAGGAGGAUCAUGGGUUAGAGGCAGUAAGAGAGAAACACAACAGUACAGUACAUUAGAAGCACAACAGCAUGAAGAAGAGUUCAGAAAACAGGAGCACUAGAGAACAAUCAACAAUAAUACAACAGGAUGCUAAGAAUGAUGAUGAAUUUAUCCCAGUUUUAAAAGAAAUAUCAUGGACAAAUAACAGAAGUAGAAGACACUGAACACAUGAACCUCCACAUGUAAACUUCAUCAUCAACAUGGUCUGGAGGUGGUACACCAGGAAGCACAUUGUACUCUAAACAAAUGUUUGUUUUUAGGAGAGGCUGUGUGAAUUAUUCACUUCAUUCCCUUCAUAAUCUAAUAAAAGAGUAGUAAUUAAAGAAGGACUUAGAAGCAGGUUAGAUCUGUGUGCGCUCUCCGUCAGUGGUGUCUAAACAAAGUUCUCCAGAUAUCCCGUCCUACAUGUCAAUCCACAGUGUUUACGAUGGGAAGCAACAAACUCACUUGGUUCAGCUCAGGAAGAAUCACUGACAAUAAUACACCCCGGUCUGUAGCAUGCUCCUGUAUCCAGUAAAAAUAACACACCCAGUCUGUAGCCUGCUGCUGUAUCCAGUAAAAUAACACCCAGUCUGUAGCCUGCUGCUGUAUCCUAGAUAGUAAACUAGACUCUCAGAAACAUCCCCAGAAGAUCUACAUGUUUUCUGUGGUAUGAAUGGAACUGAAUAAACUGCAUCUACUGGCACCUAGAGGUGUGAAGACUGAGAUAGACAUGAUGUAUUUUAUCAAGGCUGCUUUUAUGGUCUCCUUUAAUUAAAAAGAAGAUGGUUUGGGAUUAAAUAAGUACUCCUAAAGUAAAUACUAACACUUCCAGACACCACCCUGUAGUAGAAUAACCAAACACACUACCACGAUUAAAAUUAAUUUAGACAUUCAAGUGCUCUGAAGCAUCUACCAUUUAAAAAAAACACUGUUUUCAACUCUACCUGCUAAGUAAUUCAAUUUUCCUGUUUAAUGUGGCCUCAUAUUCCAUUUUCCAGUGAUAACAGCGGCAGGUUUAACACUUUAAACUCUCAGAAACCUUUAAAACAAUCCUUCCCUCAGUUUCUCUAUAGUCGACUGAUUUAUACCGAGCUACUGUUGGCUUAGUGAGCGGGUUAAAAUGCUGUGUCAUAGUGACUUUUUAAAUGUUCCCAGCUGAUUAAUUUUAAAACCGUAGCUAACCAUAACCAACCACGUUGGAUGUAUACAUCCUGUCAGACAGAAACCCAGCAGCUAUGACUCAUCUGGAUGACGUCUGAACCAAACAGGACUGUUCCUGUAUUCAGACUAGAUGCAGUUUGUUCUGGUGUUUCAGUCUGACUCAAACUGUUUGUCAGGAAAAACGUUUUUUAGGUGGAGGACUAUACGUACAUUGAGUCUAGAUAAACAUGUAGCAUCCAGAACAGAAAUGUGGAUGGGUGGGCUAGUGAUGAACAGUUUUUGGGUUUGUUUUUUUCUGUAAAUUUGAACUCUUUAACCCAGCAAACAAUGCCAGUGUGUUUGUUUCUGGAGUAAUGUUCAGUUACUUCUGUAGGUAGAAAACAGUUUAAUCCCUGCAGUUGUUGUAUUUUUGGUUUUGGACAGAUUAGCAAAAGAUUCUUCUUAAUAGAUGGAGGAUUGUUCUAUAAUGACCAAUCAGCUUUAGCCUAUGAGAGACCUACAUACUCUCCAGGAAGGUCUCCUCUGUUUUAUUAAUGUGUACUCUGAACUGAACUUUCCUCUUGGAUGUGUCCUUCACAUAGUAGCCUGUAAGCUCACCAGGAUUCCUCUAAGUCUGAUAAAGUGUUGAGAAAAGGUAGCUGUGAUGUUGUGAGCACGCUUUCCCAGAAUAGAUGGUGUAUCAGCACGUUGCAUCACUUUCCUGUCAUCUCAGCACAAAUCGUCGGCCUCCAAAACCAGUGUUUGAGUGCCUGUUAGUGUGUACGUUCACACCAGGCUGCCGUAGGAGGAGGCAUUAAAACGUGUCUUUAUGCGUGCUCACAUUAACGUGCACUGCUGUGUGUGUGUGUGUGUGUGUGUGUGUGUGUGUGUGUGUGUGUGUGUGUGUGUGUGUGUGUGUGUGUGUGUGUGUGUGUGUGUGUGUGUGUGUGUGUGUGUGUGUGUGUGUGUGUGUGUGUGUGUGUGUGUGUGUCUGUGUGUGUAAAUAUUGUGCUUGUAAUGAGUAUCUGUGCUGGUGUUGGUUUUCUUGGUCCACCCAUGUUUGCCUGCAGGAGCCGUUAAAUCUUUCCCACUACCAGAGAGAGAAGCUGCUCCAUCCUGCAUCAGCAUCUUCACAGAAACCACAGGAAUAAGAAUGUUUUAUCUGCUGUAGGACACAGAGUUACUGUCUGCAGAUUCAGAUCCUAACAGGCCACAGCAGCAGAGUGUGCUCUCAUUAGUUCACACUUAGGGGACAGGAAAUAGAGGGAAUACUAAAAAUAAUCUAAAUUCACACAACAUAAUUGUAGAGUUUAAAACAUGUAAAAGAGGUGCAUAUGCGUGACCAGGGCUGUUUCAGGGUCUGGUUUAAUUUCACAUGAAGGAAACCAAGACAGAAGAGGACAGUGGUGUUGGUUGAUAGGGGAUGAUGGUUGUGAAGAGAUGGAACAGGGAUCAGGAAAGUGGAUCAGCAGAUGGAAAAUGCAGAUAACAGGUUUAAGAAAAGGAAGCAGAGGUUUGGAUUCAAAGUUAGGUUAGAUUACUGUGUUUGUUCUCUCCAGUAAUGUCUCCACCAUGUCACCUCCUGCUGUUUGUGAAUGCAGGGAGGUCAGCAGUGGAGAGGUGUUGCUAAAGACGAUUCUUUAGAUCGUAAUUAGUUAUUUUCUGCUCCAUGAAUGCUAUAUUUACGUUCAAAGUCUCAUACAGAACCUCUAAACAGAAACUUUCUAGGUGGAAGAGUUGCUUAUAGUGUAGAAACGAUUAAGAAGUUCUUCGGCUCUGUUUUAUUAGGUUUUAACAUCUUUAUAAUCAUGUCUUCAGGUUGUCUGUUUGUUCCAUCCUUGUGAACAGGAUGUCUCAGGAACACGUCGAGGCGAUUUCUUCAAAUUUAAUUCAAACAUUCAGCAUAACUCAAAAAUAAACUGACUAGAUAUUAGUGGUGAGAAACAAAACACAUUGUUACCCAUAACUCAAGGAUUCAUACGCCAGUUAUGGACUGAUAUGGAUGUAAACCACAUCUGUACUGGUUGGUAAUAUAUAUAUUUUCAUAAUUAUGUCUACAAUAUGUAGAACUAUUUCUUACUUAAUGCGAUAGUGUGGCGUCUACCAUUUCUACCAGCUAAUCUGGCUCCUUUAGAUGUAGUUUCUGUCCAGAUGGUGUGAUUAAUUUGUUCCUUUAGACUCUGUGAACCUUUCUGCUGAUCCAGUGACCCCCUGUGGUGUGUGAAGCCACGCUGAAGGAACACUGGAGGAACGCUGGAGGAACGCUCUAACCCUAACCCUACCUCUGCUGGGGAAAGAUGAGCUCCAGUCUGAAUGUCAUUGGGGUGAUCCACUUCAGAGCACAGCAAUAAAUUACGACUUUAUGGAUCCGUCCUUUCAGACCUCCGAUAAUGACCCAGCAGGUUUAACAGUAAAGCGUUAGAUUUAUCCACUUAAUGGUGCAUGUUCAGACAACUAGGAAUAAAAUAUUAGAAGGUAGAAAGGUGCAUGUUAAAUGUGUGCAUGUGAGAUUCAGUUUAAAGUCUCUGCAGCCGAGGUCACCAGGUUCUAACCGUGGUCUGAUUACUGGUCGUAACCCUCAGAAACCUUCCAGCAGCUGAGGAAGGAGCUGAUAUCGUAGCUGCAGAAAAAAAAACUCCAUACCCAAAAUGUUUGCCUCAUUUUAUCUCACUUCAUGAUGCAGAUCCAACUCCUGAUGGCAGAAAAUCAUUUCCUGCCGAUUCAUAUUUUCAUCUCCUCUUCGAAGUUCAGCCCAGAAAGAUGUUUUCAGAUAUGAGAAAAGUCUGUUUCCUGUGUGAGGCUGGUUCAGGACAGGUUUAAGAACUUUUCAGAGUUUGACAGAAUAAGAAACGUACAUCAGCUGCUGUCAGGAUAUCCAUUCUGACGUCUUUGGGUCUUCUCUUCUCCGUGUGGUGUUCAGAUGUCAUGAAUGCUGCUAUUUAAUGCUGAAACAGGAACCUGCUGUGUGUGUGUUCAUGUGUGUGGUGUGUGACAUAACCAGAGGACCACAGACUUUGUUAGCAGUUCUCCAGCUGAAGCUGCAGCAGAGAAGAACCAGAGAAGAGCUGGUUAGCCAAGGAAUCAUGCCUCCUCUGAAAAGUUCAGCUUCCUUCCAUGAACAGAGGCGGAGUUUGGAACGAGCUCGUACUGAGGACUAUCUGAAGAGGAAGAUCAGGAGUCGACCAGAGAGAUCUGAGCUGAUCAGGAUGCACAUCCUGCAGGAGACGCUAGCAGAACCAUCGCUUCAGGCCAAGCAGCUGCAGCUAAAGAGAGCUCGCCUCGCUGACAAUCUGAACGAUAAGAUCGCCCACCGACCCGGACCCAUGGAGCUGAUCCACAAAAACAUCCUGCCGGUCCACUCCAGCAUCAGGCAGGCCAUGAUAGCCUCAGGAGAAAACUCGUCCUGCGAGGAGGACAGUAAUGACAGUCUGUCUCCAGGACAGCCCGGCAGCCAGGAGUGUCCUCCAGGCCUGGGGACAUCUCCAGCAGAGACAGUAGCUGGAGGCAGCUUCCCGUCUCCGACACAGGUCCCUCCAGAAGCUCCACUUCCGCCCAUCUCAGGUUCCUCUGUUACACUGAAGCUGACCAAUGGGACCUCAGCCUCAUCUGUCCAGAGAACAGGUGUUAACUCCCACAUCAAGCCUAAACCAAAGUCUGACCACUCUGCCCAGAGACACAAGAAAACCAAAGACAACAAGCCAAAGAUUAAAAAGCUAAAGUACCACCAGUACAUCUCUCCUGACCAGAAGGAAGAUAAAGAGCCUCCUCCUCACCUGGAUUCAUCCUAUGCUAAAAUCCUGCAGCAGCAGCAGCUUUUCCUGCAGCUGCAGAUCCUCAGCCAGCAGCAGCAGCAGCAGCACUACAACUACCACACCAUCCUACCUGCCCUGCCCAGACCUCAGACAGACCAGCCUCCUUCCUCUUCCUCCUCCAGUUCCUCCUCCUCCUCCCCUCCUGGACCUCCUGCUGCUCCUCCAACCCUCCCUCCUAACCAGCGUAGUUCUGCUCCUUUAAAUGGGACCAAACCAGCGUCUCUGCCUCCAAACCUGGAUGAGAUGAAGGUGGCGGAGCUGAAGUCUGAGCUGAAGCUUCGCAGCCUUCCCGUCUCCGGCACCAAGAACGACCUAAUUGAGAGGCUGAGGACCUACCAGGAGCUGACUACCUCCUGUCCACCAGCAGGGGGAGCCACAGCGCCAGGGGCUGAAGGAGCAGGAAGAGCCUCUGAAAAUAACAACACAUCCCAACAACAACAACAACAACAGCAGCAGCAGCUUCAGUCCCAUCGGAUGCCUCUGAACGCUGAUGCAGGAAACAACGUAACACCUCAGCAGCACCUCCUGACCUCUGGAGGUCCUCUCCCACUCUCACCCGUCUCCCUCACCCCACGUGACCAUGCCGUCUCCCCCAUCUCCCCUAACCCACCAGGAGACUCCAGCUUUCCCAGCGACACUCUGAGGGAACUGAUGAGUCCACCUCUCACCCAGCUGAGCCUUCAGUCAUCUCCAGCUGCUCAGCUCCACACUAACAUUAAAGAGGAGACCUCCUGCUCCUCUCCAGCUCCUUGUGAGUUCUCCUUAAAGUCCUCCUCGCUGCAGAAACUCUGCUCGGUUCCUCCAGGCUCCUCCACCUCCACCACCACAGCUCCAGGAGUCGACAAGGACAGAAUGCUGCAGGAGAAGGACCGGCAGAUCGAGGAGCUGCUGAGGAUGCUGAGGCAGAAGCAGCGGCUGGUGGAGGUUCUGAAGAUGCAGCUGGAGCACGGCAGCCGAGAAGGUCAUGGUCCAGAGCUGCAGGUUCUUCUGAGAGUCAAAGAAGAACCUCCUGAUAAGCCCAGUGUUGCUCUCCCUCAGGCAUCACAUGAGAUGGAUGUUACCAUGGUAACUGUCAAACAGGAAGUCAUAGAAGAAGGAGAAGCUGCAGCUGAUCAACCAUCAGACACUAAUGCAUUACUGCAGGAGCAGAUCCAGCCUCAUCCAGAGCAGAAGAGUUCCCAGAACAAACCAGAACAUGUCUGUCUCCAGCAGCUGGCUCAGCAGCAGGCCAUCCAGAAGCUCCUGCUGCAGCAGCACACCCUUCAGAAGCAGCAGCACAAACUUCACAGCCACAGUCAGAUGCUGGAGAACCAGCAGAACCUGCAAAAACUUUGCCAGCAGAGGAGGAAGAAAUCCCCAAAACUGCAGCCGCAGAAACAAGUGGCGCAUUCGCCUCAGCAACAGCAGAAACACCUGCAGCAGAUGCAGCUGAAGCAGCAGAUCCUGCUGAAGCAGCAGAAGUCUCUGUUCCAGCAGCAGCUGAAGCAGCAGCAGAACAAACAUCUGCAGCAGAUCCAGAUCCAGACCAAGAUCCAGAUGAAGCAGCAGCACGUUCUGGUCCAGCAGAAACAGCAGCAGCAGCAGCAGCAGCCACAGGUGCCUCCAGCUCACCUCCACCAUCAGUCAGGCUCCACCCCGUCCUUCUCACUGGACCUCCUGAAGACUGACUCCACCCCAACGCUGGUCACCAACGGCAAUGGGAACCACUUCCUGAUUGCACUGACCAAUCACAUCGCUGGAAACCAAAAACCUGAAACCUGUGGGAGAAAAACAUCCAACCACAUCAUGCUGCAGCGACUGCAGUCGACUCCAGCCAGACUCCCAGGACUCCCCCCCGUUCAGCUGACCAGAGCUGAUAGCAAAGACAAACAGAGCGGCGAUGUGGGACUUUUAAAGCAGCAAAACACAAAGAUGCAGAAUGGAACUGUUCAGGUGUCAGUAGAGAAACCUCAUCAGGAAGCAGCUCAAAGUUCAUCAGCUCCACCCAGUCUGCAGCCGUUCAUCAAGGACCAGGAGAGAAACUCCUCAUCGCCUUCUUCUCAGACUGAGCUGUGUCCUGGUCUGGAUGUCUUCUUCAGUCCUCCAGUUUCCAUUCAGACCCCAGUCUCAUCUCCUGAUGACAAAGACUCAGAGCAUGAAGAUGAUUUUAUUGACAUCAUUUUGCAGACUGGAGACAUGUCCUCCACCUUCAGCCCUACUCCAGACCCCUCUCUGGACCAUCUCAGUCCAGACUUCUCUGCCUCCUCCCCUCCUCCGUCACCCCUCCAGCUGUUGCUGUCUCCCCCCGUCCCCCCCAGCUGUGGAACUCCACAGCCUGCUUCCUCUGAGCUUCUGGCUGACACCACAGAAGAAGAGGAGCACCUCUUGGAGGCUGGAAGCGGACGCCUGGAGGACUUCUUGGAGAGCACCACGGGGAAGCCUCUCCUGGGGGUGGAGCCUGGUGGGCUGCUGACUCUGAUAGAUGACCUCCACAGCCAGAUGCUGUGCACUCCCAGCAUCCUGGACCACCCUCCGUCCCCCAUGUACACCUUCAGCGUGACAGCAGAGGAGGAGCAGGGCCUGGACGGUAUGGACUGGUUGGACUUCACCAGUGGAAGAGAGAAGGAUGAGGAACCUCCCACUCUGGCCCCUCUGGCCCCCCAAACGCCCUCUAGUGUCUUUUCCACAGACUUCCUGGACGGUUACGACCUCCACAUACACCUGGACUCCUGCCUGUAGAUCAGGAGACUGAAACCCACCAUGGAGCUGCAUGAACGUCGACAGAACGUGAUCUCUGAGGUUCCAGUGUUUCAUUACAGCACUGUGUACAGCUGGCACUGGGGGCAGCUGUGGCUCAGGUGGUAGAGCGGGUCGUCCAAUGAUCGAAAGGUCGGCGUUUCGAUUCCCACUCUGUCCUAGUCAUGUGCUGUUGUGUCCUUGGGCAAGACACUUUACCCACCUGGCCUCCAGUGCUGCUACUCACACUGGAGUAUGAAUGCGUGUGAAUGUUGGUGGUGGUCGGAGGGGCCGUAGGCGCAGAUUGUCAGCCACGCUUCCGUCAAUCUGCCCCAGGGCAGCUGUGGCUACAAAUGUAGUUUACCACCGCUGAGUGAGAAUGUGUGAGUGAAUGAAUAAUGGAUUCAUUGUGAAGCGCUUUGAGUGCCUUGAAAAGCGCUAUAUAAAUCUAAUCCAUAAUUAUUAUUAUUGUGUCUGGAUCUUCUGGUUUCUUGAAUCUUCAAGCUCUUUGACUUUAGUUUUAUUUAUACUCUGCUGUAUUGAUUUCUGUGAACGUAUCAGGCAGGUCCUAAAUCACUUCUUGCUUCUUUAGCAAACGUUUUGUCGACACACGAGGACUUCACUGGUUUUACUGGUGUCUUUCUCUUCCUGUACAAACACCAGUUACAGCAGAAACUAACAGUGCCUUAUCUGACCUUUAUCUCAUCAGGAUGGAAACACCUCCUCAGCUGCCUUUUGGGGUGAAGCUAAUCAAUAUUUACCACAACAUGAAAAGAGCAAAAGUAACCAAUAACCAAAGCUAAGGUAAGGACAAUGAUUUAAUAGCUUAUAGGGCAGAGCAGGGAUCAGGCAGUCAUUUCUAAAUACAGAGUAAUCUGAGGUGGUUGAUGUUUAAUGUGGACAUCUACAGUGUUCGUAUCUCCGUGUUUAUCAGGAAUAUGUGGUUAUUUCUCAGGUUUCAGCUCUGAAAGCGUUCCUACACACGGCAUGCUGCUCUUUUUAGUAUUAAUGAAACAUUACAUGCAUAAAGUAUGCAAACUAUGCAGCUAAUGUGGAACCAGUGCAGUGGAAAUGGGCUAUACAUGGAGCUCAGUUUUAAAAUUUCAUGAUGUCAAAACACACAAAGUGCUUUAAGUAGAAAGUCACAACUUCCUAAUUCAAAAGUGAGUUUAAACCCCAAAUAUGAAUUAUUAAGUGAAAAUCUUUGCUGACUCUGGUAAUUGAUGACAGUUUAAAGGUUGUAUGGGGUUUUUUUUCUGCAGUAUGUAACGUUACAUCAUCCUCAGUGAGAUAUAAAAACAUCAAACCUCCUCUGGCUGGAACUUAAAGGAAGGUAAAAGCUUUUCGAGAAAUUUCCAAAUAGUUGCAAGAAAGCAAUACUGAGCAGCUUUUUCUUGCAGAAUAAACUGCACCAGGAUGCCUGUGAUUGAAUAUAUAAGAGCUUGUCCUUUAGCUUGAUUAAGAUAAAAAAAAAAGAUUUAAAUAGGAAAUAUUUUGAUCUAAAAAACGUCUUUGAUGAUUUCAUUCAUGACCCAAAAGAAAUGUUUAGUAAAAAUACUAAAUGCUGUAAACAUCUUAAUGGUUUUUAAUGAUUCUGAUGCUUUACUGUGUCAAAAACGACACAAUUUCAAAGAAAAUAUUGGAAUUUUUUAGGAUUUGUGGUAAAAUAAUGUAAGAUUUUGACAUGUUGAAUAUAUUAGUGGAAGCCAAGGGUUGUAUUUUUUAUUUACUUGAGUCUAAUUUAUAGUCUGUACACUGUGAACAUCUUCUCAUUCUGUAUAUAUAUUUUCAGUGUAAGUGGUUUGGUUGGAAGUUUUCUGAAGGUAAAUGAAUCUACUGCACAUUAGGUUUCAGAUCUUUAGUUACGAUGCUUGGUGCUUGCAUACGUUAUAAAAACAGGUUUCUGUGGUCAUUUUGGACACCUGACUGGAAUUUUACUCCAUUUCUGUCUGCACCUGCUCUAACUGAUAAAUGAAUAUGUGAUAUAAAAAAAGAGGAAACUCCUGCAGGUUUAUAUUUUGUCCCUGAAAAAUAAUUGGAUGAGAUUCCUUCCUCUAGAGGACUUUUGUAAAUAUUCUGUUAUUUUUUGGCUGUCCUGUACUGUAUCAGUACUUAUGCCAAGAGACAUUUUUAAGUGUUUUGCUUCUUUGAGAUUUUAUAAUUAAUUUUAUAAUUAAAGGUUUAGACACAGAAGACACAUUUUUUUUUUGCUAUAUUUGCUUUGUGAUAUUCUAGUAAUACAGGUUUAUGUGCACUGUGGCUUAUUCUGACAAAAACAUGUCUGUGUUGAGGAACCUUUGGAGACCUGAUGUUGCUGCAUCUUUUAAAUGAAUCUUCAUAUACGUCUCGGAGCAAACAUACUGCACCGUACUGUUCACUGGAACUAUAUUUGUUGGGUUUAAAGACGUCUGAGUGAGUUCAUACAUCAGAAUUAAUCAAAACGAUCAAAACAAUUCACAAGGAACAAAUCUAGCAACAGCUGUGUAGGUUUUUGGAGCUGCAGUCUGAAUUGGUUUAGCUGGUAGCUCUAUUUUCUCAGCCAUUUGCAAGCUUUACUGAAACCUCAUAAUGUGAGAAGGUAACGGGAUUUUAAGAGCUAUAGCUGCAAACCUGUGCAGUUAUUGUACAAUUAUAUGGUUCACUCUGGGGAAUAGUGCUUACUGCAGGUUUUAUUGUUUGUACAGAAAUCUCAGAGACUUUCUGACGUAACACAUCACUCUGGCUGCUCAAAGGAACAGACUGUUAUACAUAUAAAUAUAACAUAUAGUAUUUAUAAUAAAUAUAUAUCUAUUAUAAGCUCUCAUCAGGUGCAUAGUAUAAAUGCAAAGUGAAACUGUUACUCCUGUGCUUACUGCGUGAUAAAUCUGGGCUAAAUACUGUAAACUCUGUUAUUUAAACAGUUAAAAUGACAUGUUCUGGUAUAAUAAUGUGUGUUGAGUCACCUCAUGUAAAUGAUUGUAGAAACUUUGGGAAAACUUUUUGUGUACCAUAAAUGUAAGUAUUUCUUUUUCUAAAAAGAGUAUUUAUUAAUAAAUGGAAGGUAGCCAUG